GGGCGGGUGCGCGAGGAGAGAAAGGGACGAGGGAAGGCGCAGCAAUGGCGGCCCGUGGGUGAGGGUGCCUGCCUGGCUGGCUGAGCGGCGGAGGCCGAGGCGGAGCUGGGUGCAGGGGGUCCCCCUUGCUCGCUUGCUUUCCGGCGGCGGCGGCGGCGGCCAUGGUGAACACGCGCAAGAGCGUCCAGUCGCAGCGCCUGCUGGCCAAGGCGGCGGGGGCCGGGGCCGGCAGCCAUUUCAUCUCGUCCCGGACCCGCUUGUCCCGAACCAGCGCCAAGGCGGCGGCGGCAGCGGCAGAGGCAGCUCGAGCAGCGGCAGCGGCGGCCGGGCAGGAAGAGGACUCGGCCCGGAGAGAUGAUGGCAGUGAUGGUAGUUUGAGUGAUAGUCACAUAUCACCUCCAGCCAAACGUACACUGAAACAUGCUGAUUCUGUAUGCAAAGACAAAUCAAAAUCUCGCAGUACUGGGCAGCGAGAGGAAUGGAGCGUCUCAACUGGACAGUCCCGGUUAAAUUCUCAAUCUGGUGCUACCUUACCAAAUGGUCGUAGUUUAUCUCUCAAAAGCUGCUCCCUUCGUGGAGAGAAAAAGGGAGAUGGGGACCAUGCUUGCAUAAAUGGAGGCAGAGAAAUCAGAAAAAGUUGUCGGUCCAGGAAAAACAGAUUUGAAAGCUUGAAUCAAAGUUUACUGUUUGACCAGCUAGUAAACAGUACUGCUGAAGCUGUUCUUCAGGAAAUGGACAAUAUUAACAUCAGAAGAAAUAGGCGAUCAGGUGAAGUGGAACGUUUGCGCAUGUGGACAGAUACAGAAUUCGAAAACAUGGAUAUGUAUUCACGUGUUAAAAGAAGGAGGAAAUCAUUGAGGAGAAAUAGUUAUGGAAUCCAAAACCACCAUGAAGUUUCCACAGAAGGGGAAGAAGAAGAGUCACAAGAGGAGGAUGGAGAUAUUGAAGCUGAAGAGGCAGAAGGAGAAGAAAAUGAUCGUCCCUAUAAUCUGAGACAAAGAAAAACAGUUGAAAGAUAUCAAGCGCCUCCUAUAGUGCCAGCUCACCAGAAGAAAAGGGAAAAUGCAUUAUUUGACAUUCAUAGAUCUCCUGCAAGAAGAAGCCAUAUCAGAAGAAAAAAGCAUGCGAUUCAUAGUAGUGAUACAACCUCUUCAGAUGAAGAACGCUUUGAAAGAAGAAAAUCUAAGAGCAUGGCAAGAGCAAGAAACCGAUGUCUGCCUAUGAACUUCAGAGCAGAAGACUUGGCCAGUGGCAUCCUGCGUGAACGAGUGAAAGUUGGCGCAAGCUUGGCUGAUGUUGAUCCAAUGAUUCUUGACAAAUCGGUGCGCUUUGAUAGCAUAGGUGGAUUGAGCAAUCAUAUUCACGCACUUAAAGAAAUGGUUAUAUUUCCUCUUCUGUAUCCUGAAAUAUUUGAAAAAUUCAAAAUUCAACCACCAAGGGGCUGUUUGUUUUAUGGUCCUCCUGGAACAGGUAAAACCUUGGUAGCUAGAGCUUUGGCCAACGAAUGCACCGAAGGGGAGAGAAAAGUUGCUUUUUUUAUGAGGAAAGGAGCAGAUUGUCUCAGCAAGUGGGUCGGUGAAUCUGAACGACAACUUCGACUCCUCUUUGAUCAAGCAUACUUGAUGAGGCCAUCUAUAAUAUUUUUUGAUGAAAUAGAUGGCUUGGCUCCAGUCCGUUCUAGCAGACAAGACCAGAUUCACAGCUCUAUAGUGUCUACUCUACUUGCUCUCAUGGAUGGACUUGACAACAGAGGUGAAAUAGUUGUUAUUGGUGCUACCAACAGACUUGAUUCAAUAGAUCCAGCACUCAGGAGACCUGGUCGUUUUGACAGGGAAUUUCUUUUUAGCUUGCCUGAUCAAAAGGCAAGAAAGCACAUUUUACAAAUUCAUACCAGGGACUGGAACCCCAGAUUAUCAGAUCAUUUUUUAGAAGAGUUAGCUGAAAAAUGUGUCGGAUACUGCGGAGCUGACAUAAAAGCACUUUGCACUGAGGCUGCCUUGAUUGCCCUGCGACGGCGCUAUCCUCAGAUCUACGCAAGCAGUCAGAAGCUGCAACUUGACGUUGCUUCAAUAGUUCUCAGUGCACAAGAUUUUUACCAUGCAAUGCAGAAUAUUGUGCCUGCCUCUCAGCGUGCUGUAAUGUCAUCAGGACAUGCGCUGUCUCCCAUCGUAAGGCCACUGCUGGAAAGGACUUUCAGUGAUAUUCUAGCGGUUUUACAUAGAGUGUUUCCUCAUGCUGAAAUCAGUCAGAGUGAUAAAAAAGAAGAUGCAACAAAUCUCAUUUUGGAUGAUAGUGAAGAUGAAAAUACUUUAUCAAUAUUUGAAAUAAGUUGUCCGUCGGGAUCACCAAAGAAACAGUUAUCAGCUGCUAUACAUAAUAAACCUUACCUUCAUUUUACAAUGUCAGCUUACCACCAGCCAACCUCUUAUAGGCCAAGAUUACUGCUUUCAGGAGAAAGAGAUUCAGGUCAGACUUCACAUCUUGCUCCAGCACUAUUGCACUCGCUUGAAAAAAUUGCUGUACACAGAUUAGAUCUGCCAGCACUUUAUUCGGUCAGUGCCAAAACACCUGAAGAAUCGUGUGCGCAGAUCUUUCGUGAAGCAAGAAGAACACUACCAAGUAUUGUUUACAUGCCUCAUAUUGGUGAUUGGUGGGAAGCUGUCAGUGAAACUGUGAGAGCUACAUUUCUAACUUUGCUGCAAGAUAUACCAUCAUUCUCACCGAUAUUUCUACUCUCUACCUCUGAAACCAUGUAUAGUGAGCUGCCAGAAGAGGUGAAGUGUAUCUUUAAAAUCCAAUAUGAAGAGGUUUUUUAUAUUCAGCGACCUAGUGAAGAAGAUAGGCGUAAAUUUUUCAAAGAGCUGGUUCUCAAUCAGGCAUCAAUGCCUCCUCCAAGGAGGAAACAAACUGCUCUUUCAGAUCUGGAGGUGCUCCCUCUUGCCCUCCCGUCUCCUGCCCAUCAGCUGUCCGAGGUGGAAAAGCAGAGGCUGGAGGACCAGGAAGAAAACACACUGAGAGAGCUGCGGUUGUUCCUCAGGGAUGUCACCAAGAGAUUGGCCACCGACAAGCGCUUUAACAUCUUCAGCAAACCGGUGGAUAUUGACGAGGUUUCAGAUUAUCUUGAAGUUAUCAGAGAACCAAUGGACCUCUCAACAAUAAUAAGUAAAAUUGAUAAACAAAACUAUUUAACAACAAAGGAUUUUCUGAUAGACAUAGAUCUCAUCUGCAGCAAUGCAUUGGAAUAUAAUCCCGAUAAAGAACCGGGUGAUAAAAUAAUUCGGCACAGAGCCUGCACUCUGAAGGACACUGCACAUGCCAUCAUUGCUGCAGAACUGGAUCCUGAGUUCAAUAAAAUGUGUGAGGAAAUCAAGGAAGCAAGAAAAAAGAGAGGCUUAUCAGUAACCGCAGAACAAAUAAAUCCUCACGGUUCCAAUGUACAGAAAGCAGAAACCAGAGUCGAAGAAGCAUUCCAGAACAAGCAAAAAAAUGCCAUGACACUUUGGCGCAGUUCCGCAAAUAAAUGUGCAUUUCGCUUGAGGAGGAAAAACCGACGACGUUCCCAAUGGGGCAAAGGCAUUAUUAAAAAGAGAAAAGUGAAUAAUUUAAAAAAAGAUGAUGAUGAUGCCAAGUUUGCGGAUGAUGAAAACCAAGGAGAGGACAACAAACCGAUGGAGAAUGGGGAACUUGAGGGAAGUACAGACUGCAUUGAGGAGAAUGGGGAAGAAGCAGGAGACCUCUUUCUGACAAAUGACGAAUCGUCUUGUGAUAUCAUGGAUAUACAUGGAGAACAAAGACUUAAUAAUGGAACAGUGGGAAAAGAAAAUAGUAUCCCAUCUACAGAAGAGAGUUCAAAUGAGUCCCUUCUGGUAAAUAACAAAACAGCUAUGGAUGUAGGAAAGGAAUCCAAGGAAGAAUCACCCUUCAAGAGGGACUGUGUCAAUGGUGAGGCCUCCAGUGGGAUGUCUAUUCCAGUGUGCCAGUAUGGCAAAUGUGAAUCAUUGAAUGCUGUUUUACCUUCUGGUGAAACUGACACAUCCACUCAGAAGCAAGCUGCAACUGUGGAUGAUUACCAAAAAGAAAAAGUGGCAGGUUCAAGUGAUAGUCAAGAAGUAGAACAGAUAAAGCCUUCUGACGUUGAGGCACCACAUUGCAGCAAUAGCGAGAAGAAAACACAAGGCACAGAUGUUGAAACUAAAGAAACUGAAUCAGAUAAAGAAGGUACAUUGAAAAAUAAAAAACCUCGUAAAGUUGCUUUGGCACAAGUUCCGGAAGAACAGGAGCAUGUGCCCCCUGUUAUUGUUGACCAUGGCAGAUUAAUGAAUUUGCUAGAUUUAUUGGUUAAGAAAAGCGAUAACCUGACAGUUGACCAGCUUGAGAGGCUCUACUCACUCCUCAAUCAGUGCAUCUACCAGCAUCGUAAAGAUUAUGACAAGACACGGCUUGUAGAGGAGAUGGAAAGAACAGUUUAUAUGUUUGAAACAUUCCUGUGAACUCUCCAAGGUGUGCGGGUGUAUCUUUUCAUGAGCUGCUCACGGUAGAGCAGUCUUCUGAGCCAUUCGAUUUCCAGUUGCACCAAGUAUGUGCAAGAGCCUUGGUCUCAACGCGCUCGCUCUUUGUCUCAUUUUCUGUUAUGAAUUUGGUGCUAUUGUCUCAGGUACCUGAAACCAGCCAGCCUACAAGAACCAAACGGAACUUCAUAAUAUUUGUAUCUUGAUAUAAAUAAAGAAUAUAAUGCCACAACUUGGAGAUUUUUGGUGCUACAGAACCUGCUCUCAUUUCUGCUGUCUACACGCAUUAUCUUAGGAGGAGCUUCAGGCAAAACGGAGCAGGCUAACAAACACCCACAAACUGGAUAGAGCAGAUCCAAUGGAUGGUUUUGUUAAGUAGGCAAGUUCAAAAAAUAAAUAUUUUUCCUUUUUACUUUAUUUUCUGAGGUAAUGGACAGAAGCCUGUUUUUAAAGCUGGCAGUGAAGAAUUGUGGUUGAAUUGAAUUACUUUUGGUAUACAAUAAUGUGAAGAUGAGGCUCUCUGGAGCUGCCUUCAAUGUGCCUUUUUAGUCAGAGGAGGAUGAGGAAGAGGAGGAGGAGAAGGAGAAGGCUAUGAAAGUGGUUGGGAUUGUAGCCAAUGACAGAAUUAGAAAGUUAUUUUCAAAAGCCUGUGUUCCCAAAGAACAGUUUCAGGUCCCCAUGUUGUCGAACGGCAGCCAGUAUUAUGUUUUAACAUGUCUAUGUUGCUCUCCAGAAAGCUAAAUUAAGGAAUUUACAAUGUUAUCUCAGAAUGGUAAAAAUGUGUUUAUUCCACAAGUAUAUAAGUUCUCAUCAAACAAAUUUCACGGUGGAUAUUUAAGGUGGCCGUAGUUGUGUUGGUUUUGUUUUUAUUUCCAUGUUCCCAUUGUAUUCCUUCAGAGUUCUUAAAAACAGGUUUCUUUCUGAACUACGAUAAUUUUUGGAAAUAUUAAAAGAGACAGCUUUGCCCUUCAAAAAAUGUUUUGUCAGUGUUUGUACGAAUUCGAACCCGCUUAUUCAGUACAGUCCAUUUUGCGCAGUAUUCAUCAGACGAUAACUUAAUGGCCUUUCAUUUUGUUUCUUUUGGGAUGUCCUGGAAAGAUUGCUGUUUUCUUGGGGCUGAAGGAUGUGACCUUCGUUCUCAAGAUCCUCCUUUUGGUAAAUAAGAGGAGGCACGUAUCGGGCAACGGGAUUCUCUUUUAGAGUCGAUAUUUGGCAUCUUCUGACGGUCCUUUAGGUCAACAACGUAGAAGGUCAGGUGGAUUGGUAGCUUCUUGUGUUAGCAUCACAUGACCAUAGUGUCCGCUUAUAGUGUGAUCAGAAGCUGCAGGUUAUGUUUUUUCUCACAUAUGCAACUCAGCUUGUUUCCGUUUCAGUAGGCAAAACCAGUUCUCAGACAACUGCAGAGUUACCUGGCUACCUCAGCUUUUUGUAUUUUAGUUACCACCAGUGUUUACAGAAAGCUGCAGUCCGUUUCACUCCCGUUUACAUGCUAACGCUAAGGUACUAGGCAUGUAGCUUGUAGUAGUGAACCAUUGCUGCAUCCCCGCUACUGCAGUGACUCGAUGUGCUUUUUCUCUGCCCUCCCAACCCUUUCUGAUGUUAUGUCCAAGCCUUCUUCUGGCCAAACCUCUACGGGCCCGCCCCCAAAUGCCACUUUGUUAGUUAAUUUCUAGUAUGCAUUUUGUCACACUCCUCUAAACACAACUCCUGUAAAAAUAUUGUAUUUUUUGGUGGGAAAGUGCGAUUAAAACGAAAGCAUAUUUUAAACUUGCAAUUUGUCCCUUUUAGAAAUUUGAUUCUGGGGAUGUCUCUUUUCUUCUGUUGAUAUUUAUUGCCAUUCCUCCCCACCCUCUCCUUUCUGGGAUAUUUUGCUGUCAGAUCCAUUUGCAUUUUGUAUUUUGAUGGGGAUUGUUACACAACUUUGAGAUUUCAUGAAAUGUAGCAGAUUUUUUGUAGCAAGUUUCUGGUAAAAAAAAAACACCCCGUUGUUUUGCAAGUCUCAGGUUCUUGCAGCAUUUUUUAAAAAAACUUUCUAGUUCAGAGCUUCUUUUGUUCAAGUAGCAGCAGCACUUGUGAAAAAGAAAGAAAACAGCAUACAUUUUUAACAAGUUGCUAAAUUUGUACAAAUCUAAAUCCUUUAAAUAUAGUUGUUAAAUAAUUUGAAGAAUAUCGGAAAUUCAAGUUUGGCAUUGAAAAAAUGCUUUCUGAGUGGUCAGCUAAGGAGAAAAAAAAUCUUAGUCGUUUCUGAAUGUUGAAAGAGAACGUGAGGAGCUGCCUCUAAAUGUUAUAGGAUUUCAGAUAAAUUAGCUUAUAUAAAUGUGUUAGUGGGCAACAUGAAUAAAAUGAUAUAUUCACUCUUUUGGCUCCAGAACCAUGCUAAAACAUGUAUCGCUUUUCUUUACUAAUAGCCUAGUGGUUGUAGAGUUAAACCUGUUAAUCUCUUCCUGUUGUCAAGUUGUUUACUCUCUGUAUUUUUGUUGUUAUUAUUAUUAUUAUUGUUAUUAUUAUUAUUUUUGCCACAUAAAAUUGGCAAUAACCUGUACAAAUCAAUUCCUGUUUCUUGUUAUGAAUAUUACCAAUGAACUCCAAGACAUGGCCUUUUCCGAGAGCCAAAAAUGGAGGUUAAAUUUCUGUGGGGCUAAUAAUGGAAUUGCUCUAAGGUGACCACCGCUGUGGAGUUAAAUUGUGUUUGCAAGCUUGAAUUUCACCUGUGAUUAAUUUAUGUUUUGUGUCCUUGGUAUUGUUACUUGAGUUUUCUCAUAUGCCAACUUAUUUAUUAUAGGAUUAUGGGGGUCUUCCUUUCUUUCUUUCCUUCUUUCUUUGUGAAUGCCCUGUCUUAUCGUCUUUUUUCUUCUUUUCUUUUUCAAUUGGAAGGUCAUUCCUGGUUUUGUUUUGAUAUUUUGAAUCGCAGGCCCUGUCGCUGCUCGCCAUUACUCUCCCCUUUUCAUGUACAAAUUCAACAUAGCCUUGAACCUGAGCUCAUCCCUGCUUCUUUUCUAUAUUGUAUGUUGGUUUACUAGGCAAUGGGGACGUCUUGUUGUUUGGUUUCAUCCAUGUGUGUCUCCUAUUUGAUUACGUAAGCUUACUUCCUCAGCUAUGAUAACGUUUUGGAUUCUAUCAGUUGUAUCCAGAAUUGUGUUUCAUGAUUUUUCUUUUUUUUUACUUCAUCUUGCGUUAGCUACGUAAAUUAUUUAAUAUUUUGUUUUGGAAAUUCUGGAUAUUUUGGAACAUUUUACUGUAAUUUGUAAUAUAACUGCUGUGAAAUACUUGAAUAAAGAUGACAAGUAAAAA